GAUGACAGAAGAGACAUCCAGUAACACAGAGAGCUCGACAAUGGAGAGAGAGCCGGCUGCCCACCCAGAGACCUCUCUCAGCGAUGUACCCGGCCCCCCGAAACCGUCCGCUCAUCCCAUGUACCCCGAAAAGCCCAGAGAGAACUUCAGUCCGAAAUACAUCACGCCAGAGACCGACGCCGGAGCCCAAAAAGAGGAGUUCUUCGCCUUCAGGCCGUCACUCAUCUCCCAGGCCAUCCAGGAUGUUCGAAGCCAACUCUCCCCUGACGAGGAUGGAAACCUGCAGAGCACCUGGAUCCUGACACAGAUCAGCCACUGGGGCGCAGAGUGUGAGCUCCUGGGGUUCCUGUGCGAGCAGUCCCUGAUCCUCUGCUAUUAUGAUUUUGUUGGGCUCUGCAGCUCCCGACUGUUCCGCGUUCCUCUGCAUUUCAUCGACACCGUGACGUGGGGCCCGCUGUGCUACCCGCCGACCGCACUCAACAAGCUGGACGGACAUGCGCUGAAGGUGCAGUGGGACAAACUCCGCGACCCCCCCUCCUUCAUUUCCCGCUGGAAUCCAUGGGCCCAAAAUCUACCCUACGUCAUCCUGACCAAACACCCCGGAGCCCCCGGCCACCAACACCUCCGAGACAUGUGCCAGCUCGAACCCUUCAUGGAACGCCUAGUGGAGUCGGUGAAAUCGGCUCACAGGCAGCGACCGCUCCCCGGAAGAGCCAACGGCCUGCUGGUCCUCUAUAGAAGCGUCACCGUGGAGACCUCCGUGGGCCUCCUCGCCUUUCUCAGCAGCAAGGCCCAGCUGGGCUACGCCAAACCCCGCGGAAUUUUCGGAUUCUGAAGGUUCCGCAGACUUCGUGUUAAAUGGGCCGGUGACUUCGUGGACCUGUUUGGCCCUCUGGGGCCCCCCUGUGGCAGGAGCGAACGUCCCGUAGAAAUGGUGUUCCUUUGUCAAAGUGCCUUUUAAUGAUGAAUCGCGGAUAUUUUACUGACAAAUGUGGUAGAUUGUCAGCUCUGUGGACAUCGCUGGAUCCCAGGAUCUACUGGGCUGGGCUGACAUCAUCAAUGGGCCUGAUGUGGUGGGUGGGGCUGGUCCCAACUGCUUUA